CCAUGUUCCAAAACUAUGUUUACUCACUCUCUCUUCAAAUUGCUUCAGGACAUUGCCAGAUGAUCUUCUUUUAGGGCUGAAAAAUAAAUGCCUAAAAGAUCUUUCAAAAUUGCAUUUGAACCAUACCCUACAAGGAAUUACUGUGGUCUGUACUUGUGAAUUCAUCAAGGGCUGCCCCAGACCACAGAACAACACUGUGCAAAAAUGCUGAAAAAUUGUGGAAGUACAACAGCGGCCAUUUCUGUAGGAAUUUCUCUUUUUUUAUUGGUGGUGGUCUGUGGAAUUGGGUGUGUUUGGCACUGGAAACGCAAUAACACACCACAAUUUACCUUACCAAGUUUUUUGCAAAGGAGAAGGAGCAGGAAAAAAGAAUCUACUGAAACACUACCCUUCAGUCCCUAUGUGGUCAGCUCAAGUCAGCAAAUGUCAUUUCAAACUCAAGACCACGGACCUGCUGAGAGAGAGGCUGACAUACAGGAUCACUAUGAAAAUAUGAAUGUAAGUCCACACGAAGCUGAAGAAGAAAGUGAGAAGGAAAUAUACGAGAACAGUGAACAAUCCAAUUUUGAAGAGCAUAUUUACGGGAACGAGACACCAUCUCCUUAUUAUAACUUCCAGAAGCAUAGUAUUAGUAGCUCUGAAGUUCCUCAAGAUGAAGACAUAUAUAUUCUUCCAGAUCCAUAAAA